AUGACGAAACGUACAAACUGGUCCGAGAUCACAGGCAUCAACCACCACACGUUUGACCCUACAGCAGAAAAAUUUAUCAAGAGCCGCAGUGGCAUCACCUGUCGAGACGCAUACGUCGCCGACUGCACGGCACGCUUGCGACUAUACAACA